AUAAUGACUCUCAUUUGCUGAAGUCUUAGUAUAGUUAAUAUAUUGAAUUAAACAUUUAAAAUAAUACCUGCCUGUGUCAAUAUGUACCUACACUUUGUAUCGUGCCAGCAUAACAAAUCACACAAAAGUGAAAAAGAGAAGUAAAAGAGAAGUCUUUUUAAUACUCAUAUAAUAGGAAUCAAAAAUAGUGUUGUGACUUAGUAUUGUUAAUUUUCAAAAAAUGGAAAAGAGUCCUGAAAAAGUACCUCCAGAGGGAGGCUGGGGAUACUUAAUCACACUAGCUGUGUUUAUUGCUCACUUGUCCACUGUGGUUCCACUUGCAUCGUUUGGCAUUGUUCACGGAAAAUUUCUAGCAUCUCUAGGAGAUGAAACGGCAGGAACUUCUAUUUCCACAUCGCUAUUUAUAGCUGUUACAUGUAGUGCAGGUUUAUUUGGUGGUAUUUUGUUUAACACUUAUAGCUAUCGUACUGUUGGAUUACUUGGAGCUGUCUUACAUUUAAUUGGAUCAAUAUUACUAGUAUUUGCUGAAACUUUAUUUCAAUUUAUAGUUUGUCUCUCUAUUAUACAGAGUUUUGGCGGUGGUUUGCUGUUGCCUUCAGCUUUUUCGUCACUGAACGAAUAUUUCCAUAAAAAAUUAAGUUUGCAGACAGCGAUAGCCCAGAUAUUAAUAACCGUAGCCACUGUUGUAAAUCCUCUGGUAAUGACAUAUUGUGUUCACUCAUACGGAUAUAAAACGACAAAAAUCAUAUUGAUUGGGUACAGUUUGGUGAAUUUUUUUGGUAUGUGGUCGCUUCAUCCUGUAGAAUGGCACACGAAAACUGAAAAAGAUAAAGCUAGCAGUGAUCAAAAAAAUAUUAGAGACCAUGCAGAAAAAGGAGCUUUAUUGGGAGGAGAAAAGGAAAUUGUUUUCUAUUGUUUUAUAGAUCAAGAAAAACACGACAAAGAACGACAAAUUGAAGAGUCAACAUCCACAUACAUGUCCUACUUCGAUCUGCUAAAAAGCGCAAAAUAUCUCAACAUAGCCAUCGGAACUAGCCUCAGUUUUCACGGCGACAACCUUUUUAUCGGGAUGUUGGCGUCAGUUCUGCGUAGCAUUAAUUAUUCCUCGAUAGAUAUUGCCAAAUUAACCAUGGUGCAUUUUGGAUGUGAUCUGAUUACCAGAAUUAUCUAUGCGAGUCUGAGUGCCUUUUACUCGUUUAACAAUAGAUAUUUGGUGUACGGAUCGACGCUGCUCACGGCCAUUUUUAGAAUUUUAUUCGUCAUCAACGAUGGUUACUCAUGGCGGAUGGCAAUCUUAGUUAUACUUGGAAUACUACGAUGUUUUAUACAAACGCCUUACUCCUUAGUCAUUGCAGAAGCAUACCGAGAUAAUUUUGCAAGAGCUUUUACACUGUUUUGUGUCCUCAGUGGAGGAACGAGCUUAGUAUUGGGACCUUUAAUGAGUCUUCUCAAAGGAUUGACCAACAAUGACAAUAUAGCAGUACAGGUUCUUACUGGAGGAAUGUUAUUAAGUGUGUUCAUGUGGACUCUUGAAUUUGUUUAUAUCAAAUUAAGCAAUAAGAACAGAGCAUCCCAGAGAAAUAGUUAAUAAUAAUAAUAUAUCCUAUUCCACGAACAUACGUCUGUUUUGGAUUACUUCGACAACGAAUAUUUUACUGUGCAAAAUAAGAAGAACGAAAGUAAAUUGCAAAUUACAUUGUUGUUUAUUGGAAUAAUUAUUAGCGCCAUUUACUUUCGUACUUCUUAUGUUGCACAGUAAAAUAUUCGUUGUCGAAGUAAUCCAAAACAGGCAUAUGUUCGUGGAAUGGCCCAUAAUAAUACUUUAUUUCCUUUUUGACAAAAAAUUUGUAUAGGAUCAGUCACAAUAAACGUAAAUCUAAAAUUACACUAAACCUAAGAUUAUAAGACAAACACAAACACAAAUAGAAAAUGUAAAAUUACUAAUAUACUCAAAAUAAUGUUAACUAUUAAAAUAUUCUUCAACAGAGUAAAACGUAUUCUGCAAUAAAAAAUCUUUUAAAGUUAA